AUGGAAGUUGAAGUAAAUCCCAACGAGGAUACCGAAUGGAACGACAUUCUUCGCCAGCAUGGCAUAAUUCCAGAGAAGCCUAAAGAUCCCGAGCCUUUGAUUCAGGAGGCCCUCAUUGAGGCACAGCGCAGAGCGCACGAGAACCGGCUUGAGGACAAAGACCUGGAUGAGCUGGAUGCACUCGAGGACGAGGAGGACGAGGAUUUCCUCCAGCAGUACCGCCAAAAACGCCUUGCCGAGCUCUCCACCCUCCAACAAACCAGCCUCUUCAACCAAGUUUACCCACUUCAGAAAGUCGACUACGCCCGAGAGGUCACUGAAGCCUCAAAAGAAGCCUUUGUGCUGGUCAACUUGACAUCCCAGGGUGGUAACGUCGAGUCCCGGGUCCUGACCGAGCUCUGGCGACAACUGGCCACCAAAUUCGGCGACAUCAAGUUCUGCGAAAUCCGCGCCGACAUGUGCAUUGAGGGCUAUCCAGAGCGUAACACCCCGACAAUCUUGAUCUACAAGGACACUGAGAUCCGGAAACAGUUGGUCACGCUGCGGGAGCUAAAGGGACCUCGCACUAAGCUGGAGGACCUGGAGCGACUACUCGUUGAGAUCGGAGCGCUGAAGGAGAGCGACAUGCGCCUGAAGAAGCGCGCCGACUCGGACGGGGAGCAGAAGAAAAAUGACGAACUCAAUGUGGAGGACUAUGAUGACGACUGGGAUUAA